AUGUCUGAAACAGACGUUGGCGUCGACGAAACGACGAAUGUCAACCGUGGCUCUGACGACCUUGACAUCGACGCAUUGAGACAGUACUUAUCGGAGACAGUCGAGUUUCGCGUGAGCGAAGACGGCAACACGUAUACCCAUCCCGAGAGUAUGCGAGGAGUGCCGGUCAACAAAAUCAGCGAAGACUCUCCGUACUGGAAUCCGCACUGGCGAUCUCUGGACGCUUAUAUCGCCCGCGAAGGAGAAGAGGAGCGGCUUAAGGCCGAGUGGACAGCCCGCUUAGUAGAAGCGAAGAAGACCGUGCCUAUCACCGUAGAGCAAAAGAGGCAGAGGAAGCUGAUAGCCGACACUGCCAAGCGUCACUCCGACAACUGUUCAAAGCAGCACAAGAUUGGCAAAAUGUUCGGCCCUAAUACCGUCGCCCACCCGAACCAAGUUACCAACAAGCGAUACCUCCCGGACGAUGGCCUGUGCGAGCAGGAGACGAUGUACAGUCUUGCCCUUCGCCUGUACGACUUGGAGAUCCUUUACCAACACGGCGAGCUUACUAUGCAACCUUGGAAUUUCCUCCGCUGGAGAAUCGGACAAGCAGCUAUCCGCCGAAGCCAACGGCAGCUCCCGAAUGAACAGAGAAAGGCUGCCAAGAGGGUCAUCACAAACAUGAUUGACAAGCACAACUCCGAUGACAAGAUGCUGCGCAUGAUGACAGCCUUUGCCUAUCAUCUCAAGCAACCAUCGGGUAAGACUUUUGGUCGAACCAAAGAAUCAAAGCCUUACUACAACAAUGGCGUAAACCAGACAUACGACAUGAACGUCGGCGGGUGCAAGGCACGGGAUGAGCGCGCCAAAAAGUUACGUGAAGAGGCCGAACAGGCUACUCGGGAGAAAGAGCUCGAGCGGAAGAAGAAGAGGGUUCGAUUAGCAGAACAGUCAACCUACGCCGGAAUCAACGUGUACCGCCAGCAACGCAGCGGUCAAACUCAAGGCCAUACUGCACCCAAUGGGGGUCCUUGCGGGCUAUUUGGCGUUUGGGAAGAAGCUGGGUCGAGAUAUUGGCAGCAUUUGUUGCAUUGCUACGAAGGCGUCAGCGGUCAGAACUUUGAGGCUAUGGAUCCACGCUCCAACGUCGUGCCAGAUGAGCCCAUCUGCACAAAUCCCUCGACAACAUCAUCUCCAACCGCAUCACCACAUUACCGACCCCCCGAACCCGACUCCACGAUGUUCCUCCAGCGCACUGUCGCCGUCGCGGCUCGCCGCGCUCCUGUCGCCGCCCGUGUUGCUACCCGCAGCUUCACCACCUCCUUCAUCCGCUGCGAGGCCCCAAAGAACCCUGCCACGCCCAACGAGCAGGCCGCUGCUCUCGCCGGUACUGCCGACAAGAAGGUUGGCCACUACAAGGUCUUCAAUGAGGUGAAGGGCGAGGAGGAUCUUUUCGGUCCCGGUGCUGCCCCCGGCACUGUCCCCACCGAUCUCGAGCAGGCUACCGGUCUCGAGCGUCUCGAGAUUCUCGGAAAGAUGGAGGGUGUUGACAUUUUCGACAUGCGCCCACUCGACGCCAGCCGCCUCGGCACGAUGGAGGACCCCAUCACCAUCAAGUCUGCCGGCGACGAGCAGUUUGCCGGUUGCACCGGAUUCCCCGCCGACUCCCACGGUGUCGCAUGGCUGCGUGUGACCCGCGACCGCCCCGUCGAGCGUUGCCCCGAGUGCGGCAGCGUCUACAAGAUGGAGUACAUUGGCCCCCAGGACGACCACCACCAUCACCACGACCACCACGAUCCUGCUUAUGAGGAGCCCAAGACCUUUGCCGACUACAUCAAGCCUGAGUACCGCUACCGAUAA